AAACGAACCAACCGGUCGCAAGGUGGGGUUGGUGACGUCGCGUGCGUCAAUUCGUAAGAUGGCGGCCCCCUGCUCCUUCAACGUGUUUGUAGGAGCUGAAACGGGACUUUUAAAAGGUGUAAAUACAGAGAAAAGGACGUUCGUUAAUCUUAACGGACUCCAAGAGGUUAACAGAGAUCUCGAGGUGACAUGUUUACGUUGGAAUGAUGAGUCCGAAUCAGAGAUUUACGCAGCAUUAAGGUCACAAGUUGUGAAAGUAUAUUGUCCGACAAGUGGCGUGUGUAAAAAUGAAAUCAAUGUCACUGGAGGCAGUGGACCGGUUAAAGGACUUGGAAUUGUGAAUUCAAACCUCGUCACCUGUGUAAGUUCAGGACUGCUCCGAGUGUGGAACGAAGAUCUAGAGAAGCAGGCAGAGAGAGAGGUCGGAAAUGAUAUUUUCCGAAUGAGGCAACAUAGCACUGAGCAUCAGGUAGUGGCAACUGGUGGCAAAGAAAAUGACCUCAAACUCUGGAAUCUGGAGCGUCUGGAACAACCAAUCUUUCAAGCAAAGAACGUCAAAAAUGACUUUUUGGAUCUUCGAAUGCCAGUCUGGGUUACUGACAUGCAGUUUCUACGAGAUUCUGAGAAAGUGGCAGUCGUUACAGGGCACCACCAGAUAAGGGUGUACGACCCCAGCUGUCGACAGCGGCGACCAGUGAUUGAUUUCGAAUUUGAUGAGUAUCCUCUGACAUGCCUCUCGCUGACUUCAAGAUCAGAACAGAUUGUUGUGGGCAACACACAGGGUCGCGUGGCCCUGGUUGACCUACGGUUGAAGAGGAUGAUUCAUGUGUUCAGAGGGUUUGCUGGCAGCACACGUGAUGUUGUGUGCCACCCCACUUUGCCCAUUGUCGCCAGCUGCGGCCUGGACAGAUUUUUGCGGGUCCAUGAUCUUCAUUCACGUACCCUUGUCACUAAGAUGUAUCUGAAGUCACGUCUAAACUGCAUCCUUAUCCGUACCGACUUCAGCACUACAGAAAAGGUCUGCGAGGAUAACAACUCGGAUACAGCAAAGGAAGCAGAAGAGCAAGAAGAAGAUAAUGAGAUGUGGGAGGCAAUGGAGGAAGUGAAUGAAACAAAGGAUGUGGAAGACUCCAAGCAAACUGCUCGUGUGUCUAGAAAACGGACAAGUGGUGCCGCAAAAAAACAUGCUGCAAAAGUGAAAAAGUGCCAGAAACUGUCCAGUAAAGUAGAAUGAAUCAUU